AGGACUCACAGAUGGGAAAGAGAAAGAUAAGGCAAAGUAUCAAGUUCAUCAUGAUUUAGGAUCUCAAGGCCACCACAGCCAAAAGGGUUGUUCUGUGUUUCUGAGGCGGUGAGAGGUGGCAGCAAACAGCAGCUGGGUCACAAGGGAUGUCUGCAGCCAGAAGGGGUGAGCUCCCACCAGGAAGAAGCAGCACCUGCUCCAUCUGCACCCCUGAACCUCACUGGCAUGGAGGACCUGUCCAUACUCACCAUCAGUAUCGAGUGCUCACCAUGGAAAUCACUGUGAAAAGCUUUAAUGAGUCCAUGCCUGCAGAAAAGCAUGACUGCUCUCCUUUGCUCCUUUGCUUCCCCAGGUGUGGCUGAGGAAGGGUGGUGCUGGGAGCUGUACCCUCAGGCUUACUCUUGGUGGCUGGUGGGACCUUUUCACUGUGCAGUGGAGGGAUUGAAGCUGGGGAGUCUCCUGGGUGUCCCCAAGAGGAGGGCAGAGACCUUUGCCCAGCUGCUCAAGUCUGGGCCAUUCCCGCUUUCCUCUCCUUACGUCCACCCUGCCUGGACAGAUCAGAACACCACCAUUGCUGUCUGUGCCAGCUGCUGCAUCCACUGACAAUGAGAACUGGGUGACAAUUCCAACUGCAGAAACCCCAAACUGGUGUAGGCACUAAGGGGAGUUAAGUUGUAAAGGGCAAACCUCCAUCAGAGAGCAGCAGGGAGCUGAUACAGGGCUGGGGAAGGGGUUUGAUCUUUUCCUCUCAUGCAAGGGACACGGAGUGCUAUUGGUUCUGCCUCUCCACUUGUCUGAGAACUAUCACUCCAGGAGUGACAGAGUUAACAAAUACAGUGGAAGAGACAGCUCUGUAAGCUGAGCUAUGUGGUCACAUGCACAGGUUUUAUUUUUAACAUCCCAAAACUUCUUGAUGUUUCUGCCUGGGCUUGCUCCGUGUCCUUCUGUUCUCUUCUCUUUCUUUGUGUGCAGUUCUCCCUCACCCACCUCACUUCAGCUCAGCUGAGCACAAGCAGCCGAGAAGUGUUUGGUACGUGCACAGGGACUCUAUGAUCAAGCACCGGGCCCAGAAAGCUCCCCCUGGGCAACACAGGCACUGUGAACGAUGUUUCAGCCGGCACUGCCGUGCACCCAUUGAGGUCUCCGUGUCCUGCAUGGUGAUCAGCUGCCACCUCCACUGCGGGGCCACCUUCCACAUGUGCAAGGAGGAGGAGCACAAAUUGCUCUGCCCCUUGGAGCAGGUGUCCUGCCUCAACUCAGCCUAUGGCUGCCCUUUCUCCAUGGCCCGCUUUAAGCUGGGGAAGCACCUCCAGGUCUGUCCAGCCAGUGUUGUCUGCUGCUCGAUGGAGUGGAACCGCUGGCCAAACGUGGAUUCAGACACAACACUGCACAAGAACAUUAUGAAAGAGACCUUGAAUGAAGAAUGUCUGGACACAGCUUUGGCACUCAGAGACCAGAAGAUACUUUUCAGGGCUUUGAAAGUAGCUGAAUUAUUUCCAGAGUGGAGGAAAAAGGAUGAACUGGAAGAACUAAUGGAUCAAGCCAUGGGUGGGGAAGCAGGUGCUGUGGGAGGAGCUGCCGGUGGUUCCCAAGAGGGCGAUGACCAGUCUGAGCUCAGCCAACGUGAGCGGGAAGAUUUGGCAAAGGACAAAGAGGGAAUGGAUUUGGGGAGUUACAAAACGUGGGAGAACAUUUUCAGCAAAGAGCUUCUGGCUUGCCAGGUAACAGGCUCAGCAACCAGCUCAGGACAAAAGACGGAGGAGGCUUCCAAGAAAACAGCAGCAGCCUCUCGUGCUGCCAGCUCCACAGAGAAAGCAAAGGAAGGACCUGAUGGUGCAGAAGAUGGAAAGGGCCAGAAGUCUGAACAAGUAACACCGAGUAGAGAACUGAAUGGACUGGCUCCCUGGCAGGAAGGGGUCCUGGAGAGGCUGAAGAAGGAAGUUGGUGUAGCAGAUUACAACAUGUAUCUGGUACAUCACGGGGGAAUGCUCAUCCGCUUUGGCCAGAUGGCUGCUUGCACUCCCAGAGAAAAAGAUUUUGUCUAUGGGAACUUGGAAGCCCAGGAGGUGAAGACUGUCUACACCUUCAAAGUGCCAGUUAGUUAUUGUGGCAAAAGAGCACGACUAGGAGACGCACUGGGCCACAAGAUGCCAACUUCAGACAAGUCAGUGGAUACCUCAGAACUGGGAAUAAACAUAGAAGAACUACCUAAGACAAAUAUAGUUGAAGCCACGCUGCUGUGUGCUCUGGAAAAAGAGCUGAAAGGCCAUGAGAUCUCUGAAGCAAGAGGUAUCGAUGGACUGUUUGUGGAUUUUGCAACACAGACAUACAGCUUUCCUUUGGAGCCCUUCUCCUCCAGCGCAGUUCUAGCAGAUAUUCUGGAUGAAAACAGCCCACCAGAACUGCACAUGGAGCUCUACACUGAAUGUGUAACCAGAAGACACAACAAAAGCAGUUCAGCUUUCACGUUCACUUGCAGUCAUUUCUUUAGGAGGGAUGAGUUCCCAUUCCACUUCAAGAAUGUGCACGCUGAUAUCCAGUCGUGCCUGGACGGAUGGUUCCAGCAUCGAUGCCCACUGGCCUACUUGGGAUGUCCUUUUGUCCAAAAUCACUUCCGCCCUGAGGGACUUAAGGCCAAGGUGAUUUACAGCAAGCCUCUCAAGACAUUUGCUAUUAAGCCAGAGGUGGACACCCUUCUUGCUGAACCGGGCAAGUGCAAUUCCAUAGUGGAUAGUCGAGGGAGACAAAAGGACUUACUGAGCAGCCUCCCAGUGGAAGUGCUCAAGUACAUUGCAGGAUUCCUGGACAGCUUCAGUUUAUCUCAGCUAUCACAAGUGUCAGCGCUCAUGAGGGACAUCUGUGCCACUCUUCUUCAAGAGAGGGGAAUGGUCCUGCUUGUCUGGGAGAAAAAAAGAUAUUCCCAUGGUGGUACUUCUUGGAGAGCUCGCAAAAAGAUCUGGCAGUUCAGCAGCCUGUUCUCCAGAGUUCACAACUGGCAGCACAGCAAUGUCCCAAGCAUGUCGGAGCACCUGAGGAAUUGUCCUUUCUACCAGGCAGAGCAUAGGACAGACCCCGUGCUGCUGACGGGCAUGAGCGAAUCUCGGGAGCAAACUCGAAAGACUUUGGUCUCUACUUUCAAGCACAGAGUCUGAACAACUUGCUUCCCCUCGGAUAUGCUCCCUUCAGGGCUCUGAGAUGAAGAUUUGGGGAUUCAGAUGUAAAGAUGGUUGCUUCCAACUCUCCUUUGGACGUACAAAAUUGGUUUCUCCCCCAACUGCAUUUGAAACCUCUGCUUUUUUUUUUUUUUCCCCUGCAUUAAUUUGUUAAAGCUUUGACCACUGCUUACUAACUUCACAUGCUUUCUGUUUUCUGUUCCUGGUUUAAUACAGCAUCCUGAAGAAAGCAAUGAGGAUCUUAUUUGAAAACAGCAUUUUUACAUCUUUGAAGGUAGGCUGCUGCUCCUGUACCAUGUGCCUGAGAGAAGCAAGAGCAGUUAAUGUACUUUGCUCAAAUAGAUCUGAAACACCUUAGUUUUGUCUGGAAAGCCAAGUUCUUGGAGCACAAGUAGAUGCCCUCCUGCCUGGCAGAUAGGAACUGCUAACCUACUGUGAGGCACGGGCAGAAGAAAAGGACACCCCAAAAUUAUGUGAUUAGAACUCCAGUGAGAGCUUGGGAAUUCACUGCACUGCCACAGACCAUCAUUUAGGACCCUGACUAAGGCAAGCACACCAAGUUGAGUGCAAGCCUAAAGCUGAGCUCAUGGGAGCAUUCAAACCAAACCAAAGCAAGCAAACUUGUUCUUUGUUAGAAGUAACCAAGUGGCAAACUAUUUUGGAGACUCAAUUGACUUUUUAUAUUUGAAGGUAACAACUUUCUGUGUUUUAUCUGAAAAUUCAUUAAAGCCAUUAAAGAAUAUUUGAAGUCAUUUUUAGAAUGCCUUACCAACUCAAUUUUGCAGCUGUAAAUUGCAAAUUCUAAUUGUAAGCAAAUGAAAGCAGGAUGUCAAAGAAACAAUAUUCUUUUCCAUAAAAGAAAAGUAAUUCAGUAACCCAUUUAGUAACAGUUUGGAUAAUGUUUGCUUCAGUUGAAUGGACUGGAGCAUAGAAUCUUUUUUUAGAGAGCAGAAAAGUGAUUAGUAUUUGGUUUAUCUUUAAAUAAAUACACUAACUUAAACCAGAAUGGGCUUGCUGAGGCAACAGAUGAGAGGGAGCAGGCAUGUUACCAGCAGUGUCUGUCUCAUUACACUACUUGAAACCAUUUCAGUGGUGCUAGUCAGAAAUGCCAUGGAUGUGGUGGUGGGUGAGAUUCCUCUGAAACAGCCAUAAAUGUGUCAGCUUAGGACAGUUCCCAGCCACUGCACAGCCACAGGGUGCUGACUCACCACCUUUUUUUUUUAAGUUCAUAGCCAGAAGUGUGAGCUCAGGACUGAGGUCUGGCUUUCAUCUCUGUCUUGGGCAGGGGAACCUUGCUGAGAGCUGGGAUAUUUGCUGGCCUGGACCACUGCUCUUCUCACCUGGGCUGGCCAGGUGCAAACUGGCUCAGGCAGAUGGAUGGAUGUGUGCUACGCUUUGCCAUCCUCGACCUCAGUGCAGAUCUGGGAUGAGGUGUCCAUGCAAGAAGGAGCCCUCUCUUACCUAGAGAGGUUGCUGAUGCCCCUGAGCUGAGUGCUGGGUAACCAAAGGCAUGAAUUGCGUGGUGACCCAAACCACCCUCAGAGCAGCUCAACCUUGCCUACACUUGCAGCUUAAGUGGUCCCUGUGAGUUUUUUAACCAUAUGAGGAUGUUUUUCAUCUCCAAACACACACCUUCAGGAGCAUACAGUCUGAGCUGUGAGGACAGUGGAAUGGUCCCAGGAUCUUUUUCUUUUUCUUUUUCUUUUUCUUUUUCUUUUUCUUUUUCUUUUUCUUUUUCUUUUUCUUUUUCUUUUUCUUUUUCUUUUUCUUUUUCUUUUUCUUUUUCUUUUUCUUUUUCUUUUUCUUUUUCUUUUUCUUCUUUAUGCAACUCUAUUUUCUGCCCCUAGAGAUCCUUUUCUGUCUUAUAAUGCUUUAGACAUGAAAAUAAACUUCUCUGCACAGGUAUCCUGCAGAAAACACAAGUAGCAUCCCAGGUUUAUGAAGAGGAAAUGGAAGGAAAUGAAUACAGGGAACCUACGCUGGGCCAGAGCAGUUAGAACCAGACACUCUGAUCCUUCAUCCUGAGGCUUAAACCACUGCACAAAAACAAACUGUCCAUCCUUUAAAGCUGCUUACAAAAACUCAGCUGUCCUCAAAACAUUCCGUAUAACAUGAGCUGCUCAAUAUUAUCUCCUUAUUUUACCCAGCAAAGUUGACAGAUGUGAAAACAUACAGCCAGAAUUCCUAGACUUCCUAGGUCUCUAGGAAUUCCUAAGAGACCUAGAAUUCCUGGGUCUCUACAUCAGGGCCUCAUUCUUCACUUACCAUGUAUCUGAUUUUGAAAGAUGCUGAGCACUCAACUGUAGCUGCAGACUACAGUAUCUGCAAAUGCAUGUCCAAAAAUUGGGUGCCAGAAUCUAUGCUGGGUGCUUGAAAAUGGAGCCACUUACUUUUAUGGAUAAUUUGGGGAGGGUGGACAAAAAGAUUGCUUAAAUAAUAAGGUCUUAGAGUAAGUCAGUGUUUAAGGUAGAAGACCAUGAAAAAUUUCAGCCUGUGAACAAUCUCUCAUAUCAGCCACUUUAGCUGCUAUAAAGUGCUGUGGCUGCCUUGAAAUUUUGGCCUAUGUGAGGUGUGAAUUUGGCUCAUUUUACCUUUAGUUCCAGUGUCACCAGCACCGCUGCUAUUCUGCACCUGGCUGCCUUCUGUCAGUUCCAGAGGAUUUUGUUCCUGUCACUCCCUGCUCCUGGAGAUAGCAUGACUUCAGCCCUAUGAAAAUGGAUCCUGCUUCUUCCCUCCACAGGGGGUGCCUGAGUCAGACUUCAGGGGGAUGCAACCUUUGGAAAUGAGAUGGUUGAUGGUGCAGGUCAGAGUUAGGAAUGUUGCAACCUCUACCUCGUGGGAUCAGCCAGGGUGUGCAUAGAACAUGCAGGAGACUGGAUCAUUUCCCUUCUGGUUCGUUUCCCUUCUUCCCUACAGGGCGUGCUGGAGAGACACAGAGUGCUCAUUCACAGAGAGACAUAUUUGCUCCUGUGAAUAUAUAGGUGUAUUUCUGAAAAACUGUAAAUUUGAUUAGGUAACCUUCAGUAUAUCCAGUCAAAGCUGAAAAUCCACAGCCAAAAUCUUCAGGUUAGUCUGGUCAACUUGAUCUGGGAGAAGCAAAGCUGUACAAGGAAGAGGAAAUCACCCUGGCAUUUCUGCAUACCCACCUGGCCAAUGUCAGCAGGGAGCUGCUUCUCGCUUCAUCCCAGUCUUACCAGGGGUGGAGAGCUGUGGGCUGGUGUCAGAUGCAGUUUAAUUAAUCUAAGGGUCAUGCCAAGCUAGCUCAGUGUUGAUGGUCCUGCCAUUAGCAGAGUCAGCAGAAGAUUUAGGAACUGGAAGGAACUGAAUUUUCCUGCACUGUGUGUCUUGGUGAGCACAAUGCUGGCUUUUUUAAAAGGUGAGAGGCUUCGAUUUGGGUUCAGCAAGUCCUUAGCUCCUGGUUUGAGUUUGUAAUUUGGCCAAGAAAACUCUGGUUAAAUCUCAGCUUGAGUAAUUUGAUUAGAAGGAACUGAGCAUGUGGUGUCUUUCAAAAUAGUUUAUUGUUUUGGCAGGGUCUGAACUGGAAAAGGGAAUCCAAUUCCAGCAGAGCAUUGAGGUUGCUCUCAGUCCAGCCCCCACACUCUGGAUCUUCGUGACUUUGAUCUUGUUUGUGCUGUCCACAAGUCCUGUGAAGUGCAAGAGCAAUACUCCACACACUCCAGGCUGAUGUGUCUUGCAGUGUUUCCUCUCACUGGAAAAGUGGAAGUGAAGUGAAGGCAUCGUGGAAAUCAAAAAGGUCAGAGCAGGGCAAAAAAACUCACAACAAGAGAAGACAGGAAACAGAAAAGGUAAUGGGUUUGGAUAGAGAGACCUGCCUCUUUGUAGGUGGUGUGAGGAGAGGCAAGAGGAGACAGGUGAAAGGGCACAGGAAUGAAAGGAGUUGGGAUGUGCUGCCAAAACCAGAGGUUUUCAGGAUAAAAGCAUUUCCUUGACAAAGACUCUGGAAAUUCCCAACUGGUGCUAUAUUGUAACAUGGGGCAGAAGAUAAUUUUUCAGGAGUGAAAGGGCAAGUGACCUACUGACAUGUAUCCUAAGUCUGGGUUGAAGGAAGGAAUUUUUUGAUGGACCUCCAACUCCCAAAACUGAGAGAGCACAGAUAAGGUGAAGUUUAUCUGAACAGUGCCUGUUGUUUUGUGAAACUCUGUAACUCCUUGUUGCAUUCUUAGGAAUAAAAAUUAUUAUGGUAUAAAAAAAUCCAUUCAAA